AUGGCAACAAAUAAUAUGAGCAAAACUCCAAUAAACAAAGUCACCCAAUUCAAAGGAAAGCCAAAAAGAUCAUCAUCAAGCAAAAACAAUGUCAAUGUCAAUAGUAGAAGUAAAUUUGUAGGUGUAAGGCAAAGGCCUAGUGGGCGAUGGGUGGCUGAAAUCAAAGAUACGACCCAGAAAAUAAGAAUAUGGCUCGAAACAUUUGAAAUUGCUGAUGCUACUGCUCGUGCCUAUGAUGAAGCUGCAUGUCUGUUUCGAGGUUUCAACACCAAAACCAAUUUUGUUAUAAAUAGAGAGGAAAGCAAAGGAAAGAAAGUGAUCGAAAAAGAAAGGGAAAAGAAAGGCGAGUUAGCUUUCCAGCUAAAUUUCUUCAUAGCAGAAAAUAUUUGA